GGCCCCGGAGACGGGCGCAGGCGCGCUCCUGGGGCGCGCGCCAUGGCAGGUGUCUGGGAGAGGCGGCUGCAGGUUAUGGGGCAGCAGGUGCUGGUGUUGGUCGUACUUUGUAUGACCGGAGCACGGGCCCUCUACUUCCACAUUGGCGAGACCGAGAAGCGCUGCUUCAUUGAGGAAAUCCCCGACGAGACCAUGGUCAUCGGGAACUACCGCACCCAGAUGUGGGAUAAGCAGAAGGAAGUCUUUCUGCCUUCGACCCCUGGCUUGGGUAUGCACGUGGAGGUGAAGGAUCCUGAAGGCAAGGUGGUGCUCUCCCGGCAGUAUGGCUCUGAGGGCCGCUUCACCUUCACUUCACACACUCCAGGUGACCAUCAGAUCUGCCUGCACUCCAACUCUACCAGGAUGGCGCUCUUUGCUGGUGGCAGAUUGCGUGUGCACCUAGACAUCCAGGUUGGGGAGCAUGCCAACAACUAUCCUGAGAUUGCUGCUAAGGAUAAACUGACAGAACUGCAACUCCGAGCCCGCCAAUUGCUUGAUCAGGUGGAACAGAUCCAGAAGGAGCAGGACUACCAAAGGUAUCGUGAAGAGCGCUUCCGUCUGACCAGCGAGAGCACCAACCAGAGGGUCCUGUGGUGGUCCAUUGCUCAGACUGUCAUCCUCAUCCUCACUGGAAUCUGGCAGAUGCGUCACCUGAAGAGCUUCUUUGAGGCCAAGAAGCUGGUGUAGUGUCCUCUCUAUGUGAUCUUUCCCUUUCACCUCAGUUGUUUCCCCACCCAAUACCUUAUCAUCUGGGUUUCAUGGGGAGAAAAAUGAAAAAAGAAUUUAGGCCUCAUUGUUCCAUGGCAACAAAACAUUCAGAUCAGUUACUGGCUAACACUGGUUCUCAAGGACAUAGGACAUUGAUCCAAACUGUCAAAGAUCUGUCCUGGAGUUUGUGAAAAGUUGGAACUGACCUUGAAUAAGUCUUGCAACUUUUGCCUUCAUCCUGUCACAAAAUGAGCAAAUGAAAAUUCUCUCCUAUUCCUUUCACUUCUUUGGAUCUACUUAUGCAGUUGGGGCUAAAAUAAUUCACUGAGGAGACUCCCCUCUUUGUUCCCCUGCCAGUCCUGGGCUUACUCAGUGACUUUGUGAAUGUAAAUAAGGGGCAGGUCUUGGCCUCAGAGGAUUGAAAUGUUUUCUAUAUAUUAGAACUAUUUUUUGAUAAAUUAUAUAUUUUCCUUCGUAGUUGAACUGUUACUGCCUAUAUAUAACUAGCUGAAAACUCUAAUGCAGUCGUUUGUAUUGUUACUCCACACAUUUUUGAUCAUUACAAUGGCAGCUCUCAGGAGUUCAGUGGGCUAUAGCCCAGAAAACUGACUUACCGGCUCUCAAAGCUUCAUCAGAGAACUGUGCAGAGAAUUUUCUGGAAUACCUGUGAUUUCCAUCUACAGGGCCUCAGAAUAAGAGUGAGUAGUAACAACACAAGGCAGCACCUUUACCAUCCCUCUUCCCUUUAAUUUUAUUUAAGUUGUGGUAAAUGUUUUCUCCAUGGGAACCAGAUUUGGUUCUUUAUACGGAUUUUUUCCAGUGGAAUAAAAUACGUUGUAGUAACUGUGUUUGAAAUAAAGUAAGUGGUGUGGGUAGAGGUGAGGCACAACGAGAAACUGGUGAAUGCCUCCUGGCCUAGCUUCCUCUGGCUGAUCCUAAGUGGAUGGUACUAUGUGGGCUUGUGAUAAUAGGACUUGGCCUGACAUUCUUUAGUACCACCCAAUUCCAUUAUGGACUUUUUUACAUUAUAUAACAUCCUUACUAAAACGUCUUCUACAUUACCCACAAACAAAACAAAAGCCAGGAGGACUGUUUUAUUUAUCCCCUAUCAUCAUCUGACUCCCCCAAUUCUCACUGGGUUCCCAGUCUUCAAUUUUUAGUUCCCAACAUCCUUUACCCAUAAUGUGUGAACUGGGUCCAUGUCAGUGGAUGCACAGCAUCAUCUGGGCAGCUCUUCAGAUUUCCUGGACAACAUUCAGGUUCAGUUUGUAUGUGUGGUGUGGCAGACAGAAUUAUGCUCCUUCUCCAGCCUCUCAAGAUCCAUGUCCUAAUCCCUGAAAUUUGUGAAUGUUAGAUCUAAUAUUGAAAAAAGAAAUUAAGCUUGCUAAUUAGGUGAUUUUAAACUAGGGAGAUAGUCCUGGGUUACCUGGGUGGGCCCAGAGUAAUAAAAAUGGGCAGGAGAGGCAAACAAACUGCAGCGAUGAGAUAGGAGGACUGAACUCACUUUUGCUGCAUUGAAGUUGGAAUACGCAGCCAUGAGUCAAACUGGAAAGACAAGAAACUAUCCAUCUUGAAUCGCCAAAAGAGAAUGUGAGCCUGCCACAUCUUGACUUUAACCCAGUGGGACCUGUGUUAGACUUCUUACCUAUUGAACUGUAAGGUAACUAAUUUGUGUUUCACACCACCAAGUUUACUGAUUUGUUACAGCAGCAGUAGGAAGCUAACACAGGUGGAGACCAAGAAUCCUUAUUUAAACCAAACUAUGCUAACUGAUGGUAAGCCAAGUUUGGGAACCUCAGACAACCUGCCUUACUCUUUCUUGCUCCUUAUUCUUCCAACACACCUUAUACAUUUUAAUUAUUGUUGUCUGGCCUUUGCACUGCCUACAGCCUUGACAGUAACAAAACCUCACUGACCUCUGCAAUAUGCAGGUACCCCAAAUAUAAUUUUCUACUUAAAGGUGUUACUCCUGCUAGUUUGUUUUAACUAUUCUCACUGUGCUGCCUGCAUGGUUGUCCCCAAAGGAAAUCACCAGUGCAUUGUACUGCUCAUGGUGGGUGGCUGUGAAGGCAGUGCUGCGGUACUGAGUGAACUUCACUGCACAAGGCACGGGGUACAGAAUGGACCCUGACAGAACCUGUUUUAGGGAGCCACGGAUGAACACUCCAAACAGCCAUGUGUUUUGUAACUGGAAAUAAAGUUUCAGUGAUUGUUAUUAGGGUUAUUAGAUAAACCAAAGUUAGGAUUCAUACCUGGGAGGCAGUCUGACAGACUACUCUGAGAGCUAUUCCAAUAAGCACAAAUUUGAAUUUAGUUAUAGGCAGGAAAUGAGUCUACAUUAUACAUUAAGAAUAGACUUUUGAUAGGAGGGGCGGGCACUUGUUUCUUAAACAUAAGCUGACGCUAGAGGAAGGCAACACAGGACUUAAUUUCAGCCUUUCUAAAGCACGCACAGUAGAGACAGGCUAGGUAUCCACUGUUAAGUUUUACUUUUUUUUUUUUUUUAAAUCUGGCUCCUCGGUUACACAUAGGUGUGAAAAUAUUGGCAAAAGAAUUCCUGCCGAGACCACAGGAUGGGGCCUGUCGCUUUUAAGUCAUAAGAAUGACUGUUGUACCUGCAUGAGGGAUGAGUGUCCCUAUAACAUUUUACAAUAAAAGCUGCUAGUUCUGAAUCUGAGUGUACUUAGUGU